AUGAAUUAUUCAAUGAGGUCCACAAUCAUUUUUAUAUUUAUCUGGUCAUCAGUUUAUACAGAACCUAUUCCUCUUAGUAAAAUUCAUCUAAAUCAUGAUGGAAUGUUCAUGGAUCACCUUGGAUAUAUUAAACUGUUUAGAGGAUUUAAUAAUGUUGAAAAAUAUUUUCCAUGGUAUCAAGAAAAUGCAUGGAAUAUUACACAGAUAAAAAUGUUUCAAAAUUGGGGUUUAAAUGUUAUACGAUUAGGUAUUAUGUGGAGUGGAGUAAAACCGAAUAUAUCCAUAGUGAACACGACAUACUUAAAUGUAAUGGAAAGCCUGAUUGAUUUAUAUGCUGAACAUGGAAUAUAUGUGAUCUUGGAUAUGCAUCAAGAUGGUUUAUCAAGUCGAUAUGGUACUUAUGAUGGUAUACCAUUAUGGUUAAUUAAUCAAUUUAAAAGACCACCAACCAUUUUGCAAGAACCAUGGCCAUAUAAAAAGUUACCAGAUUGGGAAGGAGCAUAUUAUUUAACUUAUGAAUGUUCUGAAGGUGCACAACAAUUAUAUGAGAAUGUAUCAGGUGCUUGGAAUCAUUGGGGUGAUUUUUGGGAAAUAGUAGCAAAACAUUAUGGAAAAAAGUCGAAUGUACUUGGUUAUGAUUUGAUUAAUGAACCUCCACCUGGAAAUUUUUAUACUAAUCCAUUAAGAGGGUUUCCAGGUUAUGCUGGUCGAUAUAAUCUACUACCAGUUUACGAUUAUGUUGUUGAGAGAAUACGUAAAUAUGACAAGUCAACAUUGAUAUUCUAUGAACCAGUUACAUAUGGUAUAUUUACUCCUCUAAGCACCUCAGGAUGGUUAGGGACUGGAUUUGGACGUGUUCCUGGAGCGAAUCGUGACAAAUCAGCACCGAGUAAAAGUGUUUUGUCUUACCAUUAUUAUUGUUGGAUACUACAGAGUGAUUAUCCGAACUCCAUAAUGCCUUUGUGGAAGAAAGUGUUAUGUGACUCGUUCCUCUUACCAACUGUGAUUUCCAAUGUAAUUAAAGCAACAAAAACGACUGGAGGUGGUAGAUUUUUAACUGAAUUUGGUUUGUGUGGAGAUGAUGGAAAUCCAUCUAGUGUCAACACACUAGAAUGUAAUGCGGUAUUGGAUGAAGCUGAUAAACAUUUUGAAUCAUGGACAUUUUGGGAUGGAUACUUUAUAGAUAAUGCAGGAAAUCCUAUUCAAACUCAGGUACGGUCUUUCAUUCGUCCCUAUCCACAGUCAACAAAUGGGAGAUUUGUCAAGCAACAUUUCAAUCAUGAAACUGGAGAAUAUAGUUUCUCCUUCAUUACAAACCAACUGAGCAAUCAGUACAGUGAGAAACAGAAUUUGAUUGCAGAAAUUUACAUACCAUUAUCUGUACAUUAUCCAAAUGGAUAUUCAAUCAAUCUGAAUCCAAACAAUUUAACUACUGAAUUGAAGGGAAAUACAUUGUCUAUAUACUUGCCAACUGAUCUAAGGAAUGAACAUGUGCUUGUUGAAAUGGAACUUGUUAGAAAAUAA